AUGGAAGGGUUGGAUGCGCUACUAGCUAAGAAAAAGCAUACACCGAAAAGUGAACUAGAACAAAAUGGUAUUCCUCAGUUGCAGUCUUCACCAUCUGCUAAUUGGUUUUCUUCAUCAAAGUCUGCAAAGAAGGUGUCUCUAAGCUGUGUUACAUCAAUUAUUGAUGGAUUGAAGAAGUUGUACGUCCAAAAACUGAAGCCAUUGGAAGCAACAUAUCGUUUCAAUGAUUUUGUUCCCCCUUUGUUGACAAAUAGCGAUUUUGAUGCUAAGCCCAUGGUGAUGGUUUUUGGGUCAAUACUCAACUGGGAAAACAACAUUCAUUAAACAUCUGCUCAAAACGAGUUAUCCAGGUGCUCACAUUGGACCAAAGAAAUAUCACAAUUGUACAGAGAAAUAUCACGAUUAUGUUUAUCUCUCGUUUGCCAACAGGUUCAGAGGGAGUUCCAUCUGCCAGCAGGGGAUUUUCCGAAUGUUGAACACUUUCGGGAGGUCCUGAGUGGAUAUAGCAUUGAUAAGUUCGAGAAAUUGAAGCCUAAAAUGAUACAAUCUGUUGAUGAUAUGCUUGGAUACGAUAUCCCAGAACUUCUCAAGAAUUUCCGGAAUCCAUAUGAUUGAUAUGCAUAUGUCUGCUAUCAAAUUACAGCAGUUUUUUUGGGUAAGAGAAAUCAGAAGAAUAUUGCUGACGAUUUGCUAGAUUGGCCGCCCACACGUUCAACUUCUUCUGACGCAUAAACAUGAUUUAUGCGGAAAACUACGACGCUGUACGCUUCGAUUAGGCGAGCUAGUGUGAAAUUAGCAGUGACAUGAAUAAUUAUUCAGAUUGUAUUGUCUUUUGAUUUUCUUGGCAUUCUUACAAAAAUAAUAUAUAAUUCCAUUUACAAAACUGAUAUAGUUCCU